CUUGCUCUUCGCCUUGCCCAGAGCUCAAAGCUGACAGUCAUGACGGCCACAGUGGCAUCGUGGAGGGGUUUCAAGCUUAUCGAUUGCAACCUUGGAAUUGCUGUCAGGUUGCCCCGACCCCGGACCCGAGAGGCCGAUCUGACAGGGAGUGGGGGGGUUAACAACCAAGCCACAACCAGGCUUUAAACCAACCACACUCUGUGGCUUGUGGGAAUGCCAUCUCGAAAUCCAUCCAUCCAGCGCCGGCACUGUUCAGGAGGCAGGAGCCUGUCGUCGCGCCCGCGAACGGGCCCCUCGCAUUGGAUUGUGCCACUGUUCAUGCAACUCGUUUGCGAUUCAGGCUGGCUCGAUCACUGGCUCGUACCAAUCGGCAGGAAGACGUCGCGCCAGGUCUGAAACAGGAGACGACUGGAUAAGGGGCGAAGGUUGCAACACCCGACGGCGUGCUUCAAUCGGCUUGACAGCUUCUCCAGUUCAAGAGCUUGAGCCCUUGAUGGAGUAAGCGCUGCCGAAUUGCUCUAGAAGCAUCAAGGCAAACUCAAUUCGGGGGCUGCAUUGACGAAUUGAGUGCCUGUGCUGCGCUGUUCCUGAGCUAGGACGCGGUGAAUCCACCGAACCGCCUCACGGGUAAGCCCCCACCUGUUUAGCUGCGUUUGGGUACAGAAAGACUGCCCAAACGACAUCAUUCCAGGCCUCUCUGCAUGAAGGGUUUUUUGCUGGUCCUUGAUGUCUGUCUGUAUUGUGGCCGCGAAGGCUAGGUGGCCCCUUUUUCCCCUAUCUCUUUUGAGCAAUACUCGGGACUGAUCACAGGUCAGAUGAACCGUCAUCUAUGCAAGAAGUGGUGUUGUGCCGGCAUUGGCUUCUUUUUUUAAAUGAAUUGAAACGCGCUUCGAGCUGUCUCCUGACCAACCAAAGACGCGCUUCAAGUCAAGUUUCGUGUUGAGGAUGCAGUUUGUUGUGCCACAUCUCCCCGCUUUUCGAACCCGGAGGGGUCAUCUCCAGCGGUUCUGUCAGCCACUCAGGGCACUCUGUAGCAAAUCGGGACAAACGGGCAGCUCCGCAACCAAGAGCGGGUGGAGGGGCUGCUGUGGCUCGUGGGUGGGCUCGUGGGCUGCGGGCCCGGCAACAGGGCAACGCAGAGACUAGCGAUGCAUCGGCGCCCAAAAACCUCCAACCAAACACCAGUCCAAGCCAUCCAAAUUCGACUUUUUCCUGUUGACAGCGCACACAAUUUUUUCUUCGAAUCCCACGAUUCCAAGCCGGCCACGAAGACCGGACUCCCGUCGACUACCGUGGAUCGGCCUCACCAGCCCGCUAGCCCCCGCUGUUGCUAGUGCGCCGUUCUACAGUUCUGCCCGUCAGCUUCAUCCGCUCUCAUUCGUGCCCAACGGCGCAGCGCAGCAGCAAGCAGAGCCCACUUUGUUGACAAUCCUGAGGGACGCUCGCUGUAUGUACAAACCGGACCCUCAGCUCGCCCCAACACAGCCCCAUCUCUACCCUGUGCCGCCGCAUACGCUCUACCCAGGCCAUCCGUACCUGACAGAAGCCCACAAGGCCUGUCCGAGACCCAUUCUUCAUCUCUUCAGUUCUCUUUUCUUCACCGCACCCCCAACACUAAGAGCCCGGGCAACAGCCUCCUUUGCCUCGUCUUCACCGUCCCGGAACGAUUGGACAGAACUCGACCUGCUUGCAACUGCCAGCUAACAGCCAGAAGAGCCGCCUCCGAGACCACCGACAGCAGGGCAACAAGCCGCUACACAUUUUGCAGACUCUGCACCACCAAUUGGACCAACUCCGAGGAUACCAAGGGCCAACUGACACCAUGGUUUCCUUUUCGUGCGAGGCCUGUGGAGACAUCUUCACCAAGAAGAAACUUGACCCGCACCGCAACCGCUGUCGAGGUGCUACCUUUACCUGCAUCGACUGUAUGGUACAUUUUCCUGGCACAGAAUAUCGCUGGCACACGAGUUGUAUGAGUGAGGAACAAAAGUAUCAGGGUGCCCUCUAUAAAGAGAAGAAGCCAAAGCAGCAGCAACACCAGCAGCGCGUUCCCCCUCUCGCACCACCUCCUCCACCUGCCGCCAUGGCUCAACCAGCAUAUGUCGAAUCAGUCGCCGAGGAGGACAACUGGAAGAAUUACGAGCAACGCAGUGACGAUGAUAGCCGUUCCAUCAACCUUCCGGAAGCGCCUACCCCGCCUUCUGCCGUGGACAUGGGAGGCAACGUGAAUGUCUUUGAUUUCAUGGUCGACAACCCCACGCCAACCGCUUCCAAUGUUUCGCUUCCCCUUCCCGUCCCUACUCAGGUUCCAGCAAACGAGGAGAUGUCCCUCGUGCGGUUUGACCCGGAGGCCAACGGCGGCGACAACUUCGAAGACCAUGCCCUCAUUCACGAAGAAAAUGGUGCUGUAGCCUUGAACCAGUUCCAGACACCCGCGCCAAAACAGCCCCGGAGAAAGACCAAGGACAGCGAAAGUAGCGUUAAGAAAGACAAGAAGCGCAAGAGACUACACAUCGAAACCGACCAGGUCAUGAUCGAUGCCCCACCAGUAAUGCACUCCGGGUUGACUGGUGGCUUGAAGGGUCUUAUGAGCAGGUCGUCCGUAUUCCCACCAUCUCCAGACUAUUCUGGAGACAAUAUUGCGACACCAGCAAGUCCUUUGAAGAAGACCAAGUCGUCAAAGCAUCACCACAAGUCCCUUGCGCGCACGACAACCGAGUCUUUGAGCAACGGCCUGAUGGCCAUGAUUGCCGGACCUUCCAAGACGAAGUCGUCCAAGAAGAAGGCCAAGACCAGCUCCAGCUCCAAGGACUCCAAGAAGAAGAGUUCCAGCUCCAGCAGCCCCAAGCGCCUUGAAGGCGGCAAGGAGCCAAAGCUCCUUGAAUACCGACCUGGAUCCAAGGAUAGCAAGGAGGGUGAUGUGGCCAGUGGCCAGAUGGUCAUUUACAAGCCCGCCGCCGACCACUUUCUGAGCCUCGUUACCAAGGGUCCCGAGAGUGAGAAGGGAUGCAGCGUCAACAAGGCACUUAAGAGGUACCACCGUGAGCGCAGCAACUCGGGCGUCAGCCUCAGCAAGUUGAUGGAAGAGAAGGAAUUGUUCAAGACUCUGCGGAUGAAGAGGAAUGACCGGGGAGAGAUUGUGUUGUUUACCAUUUGAAGCGUUAGCAUGGUGUCUGAGAAGCGUGUAUGCAUAUGGGAAACGGGUAGCAUCCGGGGGCUCCAGGGCAUGGGGCCUGGGUAAUAACAUCAUUCCGAUCUGGGAGUUAAGUGGCGAGGCAUGAUGGGAAUAUUGUGGGCAUACGGUUUUUCUUCUUCUUUUUCUCUUGAUGAUACCUCUCGGCGAUGGACGUGAUGCAUUCUUUUGGUCGUUCCUUUUCUUCUCACACGGGGUGCAAAGUCGCAGACUCACCUUGAUUUCUUUUUUGGUUUGGUUGACUGGGGGUUUCUUCAUCUUUUCUGGUCCGUGCAAGCUGGCUAUUUCUCUUUUCCUCUCUAAUCUCUCUAAUAGAAGUGGGAGCGAAAGAAGAUGGAUUGCUUGGUGGACCCUGGUGGUUUUUACCGGUUUUCUAAUAUCCUGAUUUCCAUCUUUGUGUUUUGUUUGGUUAAGUUUUCGAUUGCAGUGUUCCUUUCUUGUAUUAUUUUACAAUUUGAGGAAGAGAAGAAAGGGAGACUAAGGACAAACAAAACUAAUGGUGGUGGUGGUGGUGGUUGAAGGGGGGGUUACUUGAUACCUUUUCUUGCUGUACUGCCAUUUUUUUUUCUCGGGAAGAAGAAUCAGGAUAGAUGUUUUUUUGGAUUGGAGUGAAUAUCCGGGGAGGCUUUUUUGAUUGCUUUUGUUUCUUCUCGACAGUGGUUUUUUUUAUAUUUUUUAUCUUGUGUGAAAUCUAUGAUUGAAGUCGUCUUUAGCAGAUGUAUAACGUAUUUUUAUACUUGAGUUGUUGCAAUUCAAAGCAAGCAGAAUCAUUACUAGUUGAAUUUUGAACCAUGUCUCAAACAACCCGAGGUGUCCAAACUCGAAAUUAGUAGUUACUAGUCUUCGCUUCCCUCAAUCAUACACAUCAUUUAUUUACAUGACAGCCCCUGUUUACAUUACGCUUUCCCCUUUUUUCCCCACCAAAACCAUCAUGUCUAGUGAACAUGCACCAUCCUCAGCGGCAAAAUCUUCUGCCCCAUCGCCUCCCUCCUGCACAACGGACACUCUGGCUUCUCCCUCACCCAAUCCCCGAUGCACUCCCAGCAAAACACAUGCCCGCAGCUCGUCACCGCCGGGUCCUUCAGCUCCUCCAGACAGAGCGUGCACUUCCUGGGAUUGUAACCCUUUAUCCAAGCCAUUUGCUUCCCGUCACUGAGAUCAUACCUCGGCUUCGUCCCCCCUUUCACCAACGGGGUGUGAGUCGUCCUGGCAAUCUCCGCCAAUGAGCGCUGAUUCUGGGGAGCGGGGGCCGAGGUGUCAAGGAGGGAGGUGUUGAGGGCGUAGGCGUUGUCGUCCAAAGAGACUUCGACGGGGCCGGAGGGGAUGUACCGGUCUGAUGAUGUGGGGAUGUCGUCUAUAUUUGACGAAGGGGAGGAAGACAGUUGUUGGGAGAGGUGGAGGUAGGUCCUGACGAGCAUUUGGGUGACGAGGAGGACGCCGAGCACUUCGUAGCCUCCGCGACCAGAGUUUUGGCUUGCUCCUGGGGUGUCGGGGAUGCGCUUGGUGAAGAUGUAGCGGAGGCCGAAGAGCCGCUUGGAGAGGGAGUAAUACGCGCCGGUGAAGUAAAAGGUUGCGAGGGUGAUGGCGUGGAUGUGGGCUGGGUUGGUGAGGGAGGAGAGGUGGGUUAGGAUGUAGCGGAGGGCGCGGGCUUCAGAGGUGGGUUGGCCUUGUUUUGUUGUGUCGAGGCCGCGGGUGGUGAGGGUUGUCAGCCGGGUGGUGAGAAGGCGGCGGAGGGAGGAGCGGAGUUUGGGGAGGAGGAGGGUGAAGAGGUAGGGGGUUAGUGUUGAGGUUGCGAUGAAGCCUGCUCGGCGGGAGAGGGAGGGGAGAAGGGGGCCGGGUUGGGAGGUGGGUUUGGGGGGGAUGUGGGAGUCGGGGUAGGUGGUUGCUUGUUGCUGCGAGGGAGGAGAGGGGGGCGCUUCGACUUGGACAAGAUCGCAGUAUUCUUCUCCGAGCGUGCGGUUGCCGAUUAGGGUUGUAAGGCAGAGGUAGAGGGCAUCGCCUAUUGUGCGGGUCUCGGUCGCCCAGGAGUGGGCAGAUCGGGCGCCGCGGAGACGGCGGUGGAGGUCGGAGAUCUGGUUGGUGAGGAGGCCUUGGAAGUAGGCGUCUUUUUGGUGGGCGCGGAUGAUGUCUGGCGCGGCAGCGUAUGGGUAUGGAGAGCUUGUAAGAGGCGGUGGCGGCUGCGAUUUGGGGGG